UGGACAAUAUAGACGGCACUUACUCGAUAUAAAAACCAGAGCAUUACUUGUCGAAUUAUUCAGUUGCCAACUUUAGCAGCAUCAACAUGUACGCCAAGCUGAUCGUCGCUCUGUGCGCUGUGGGCGUUGCCCGUGCUGGUGGUCUCUUGGGAGCUGCCCCUCUGGCAUAUGCCAGCCCAGCCAUCGCCGCCCCCGCUGUAGUAACCAAGACCAUUGCUCCAGCUGUGUCCUCCUAUUCUUCAUACUCCACCCAGACAGCUCAUGGAUCUCCCGUUGCUGCUUACGCCGCUGCCCCAAUUGUAGCUAAGGCCUAUGCUGCUCCCGCAGUAGCUGCCUACGCCGCUCCUGCUGUAGCGACUUACGCCGCUGCUCCCGUCGUCACAAAGACCAUCGCGCCUGCUGUUUCUUCGGUGUCCUCUUACUCUACCCACACCGCUCACGGUUCUCCCAUCGCGACCUACGCCGCCGCUCCCGUGGUCGCUAAGAGCUACGCCGCUCCCGCCGUGGCUGCCUACGCUGCACCAGCCGUCGCUGCGUACUCUGCACCAGCCGUCGCUGCGUACUCUGCACCCGCCGUCGCUGCGUACUCUGCACCCGCCGUUGCUGCGUACUCCGCUCCCAUCGUGACCAAGACCAUCGCCCCCGCUGUAUCUUCUGUCUCCUCUUACUCGACCCACACCGCACACGCAUCUCCCGUAGCGACCUAUGCCGCUGCCCCCGUGGCCACAUACGCUGCGGCCCCCGUCGUUGCUAAGACCAUCUCUAGCUACGCCGCGCCAGCAGUAGCUGCCUACGCCGCGCCCGCUGUCGCCUCUUAUGCCGCGGCCGCCCCAGUCCUGAAAUCAGCUAUCGCGUACUCCGCCGCCCCCGCUGUUUCACAUAUCGCGUACAGUGGUAACGGUGCUAACUAUGGAUAUAAAAACAGCAGUAUUGCAAUCUUUAAUUAUUCAGUUGCCAACUUUAGAAGCAUCAACAUGUACGCUAAGCUGAUCGUUGCCCUUUGCGCCGUGGGCCUUGCCCGAGCUGGUGGCCUACUAGGAGCGGCCCCUCUAGCAUAUUCCAGUCCAGCUAUCGCCGCCCCUGUGGCGACAUACGCAGCUGCUCCCGUCGUUACUAAGACCAUUGCCCCCGCUGUAUCUUCGGUAUCUUCAUACUCUACUCAGACCGCUCAUGUCUCACCAAUUGCGACAUACGCCGCCGCUCCUGUGGUAGCUAAGAGCUACGCCUCUCCCGCCGUGGCUGCCUACUCUGCACCAGCGGUCGCUGCGUACUCUGCACCAGCCGUCGCUGCGUACUCUGCACCUGCCGUUGCUGCGUACUCUGCUCCAGCCGUCGCUGCGUACUCUGCUCCUGCCGUCGCCACAUACUCCGCCCCCAUCGUGACCAAGACCAUCGCUCCCGCCGUAUCUUCUGUCUCCUCGUACUCAACCCACACCGCUCACGCUUCCCCCGUAGCGACCUACGCCGCUGCCCCCGUGGCCUCUUACGCCGCUGCUCCUGUCUCCUAUGCCGCUGCCCCCGUAGCAUCUUAUGCUGCUGCUCCAGUCGCCUCUUACGCGGCCGCUCCCGUGGUUGCUAAAACGAUCUCCGCAUAUUCCGCUCCCGCCGUCGCGUAUUCCUCUGCUCCUGCUGUUGGACCGAUCGCUUACAGCGGUUACGGUGCCAAUUACGGUUGGUAAACUGAAUACGUUAUAAAUAAUAGUCUUAUGUAAAAUAAAUUUAUUUCCUGUGAUAA